UGUGCGCAGGACGACGCCAGAUUUAACCAGCCUCAAAUAACGCGUGGUACACUUGGAAAACUCCGCCACAACACCGAGGCACACAACCGAAUAAAAGAGAGCCUAGAAGAGUUCAUAUCAAGACAAAGUGGGAUCUUGUGGAGCUGCUCGUACAGCGGGGGAGAGACGAGAAAGACAAGUGCUGGAGCUCAGGCUGGGUAAAGUGACAGGAUGCUUUCUGAUGUCCUAUGUUUGGAUGAUUGGGGAGAGGGCAGAGGGCAUUUGGAGUCAUACCUGUGAGGCCGUCUGCGGGGAAAUGUGCUGACAUCAGAGCUUUGCAUUUUAAAGAGGAGGGUGAGGAGGAUGCUGCAGUGACGCUACAGAAGAAGCUGGGUUUUCAAAGAUCAUAUCGGGCUGUCAGUGUGGAGUAGUGCUGGAGGCUGCGGGGCGGCUGUGUGCUGUGGGAAGUUCCUGAGAGUGCACAGAGGCAGAGUGGCAGUCACUCACAGAGAGACACUUGUACAGAAAGACCGGACUGGCACCCUUUCACGGAAGGAUAUAAAACGCAGUAUCACACCUCCGCCUCUUUGCACGGGCACGUUCGUUGUGGCAGCACCUCAGGGAUUUGAAGGAGGCGGGCAACUGGGGUUAGUGCUGGCAUGGUGGUGGUGUGGCUGCUUCAGGAGUGGGCCUGGCAGGCUGUUCUCUUGGUGACUGGGCUGGCAUCACUGAGCCGUGGGUCUCAUGCGAACAUGUUGGACACCAUGCUGCUGAAGAACGGAUGGAAGGGAGGAUUGGAGCGAAGGGUGGAAGAGAGCAGCAGCAUGGCCACAGUUUCAGCUCAGAACAUGCUUUGGUGUCACUGCUAUCACCACUGCCCCGAAGACUCUGUCAACAAUACGUGCAUGACUGACGGUUACUGCUUCACCAUGGUGGAGGAGGAGGAGGGGGGCCUGGCAGUACUCACUGCAGGUUGUUUGGGUCUUGCCGGCUCCGAGUUCCAGUGCAGAGACACGUGGAAUGCGCGUUCGAGGAGAGCUCUUGAGUGUUGCACGGAUCAAGACUAUUGUAACAGAGACUUGCAUCCUACUCUCCCUCCACUCGUGACGUCAGAUUAUGUUGACAGCAGUAUCCAGUACAUGGCACUCUUCAUUUCAAUCACAGUCUGUAGUAUCAUUCUGGGUCUCAUCCUCGUCUUCUGCUACUUCAGAUAUAAGCGCCAAGAGUCACGGCCACGUUACAGUAUCGAUCUGGAGCAGGAGGAGACCUACAUACCCCCAGGGGAGUCCCUGAAGGACCUAAUAGAGCAUUCCCGCAGCAUCGGGUCAGGCUCUGGGUCAGGACUCCCUCUACUGGUGCAGCGCACAAUAGCCAAGCAGAUUCAGAUGGUUAAGCAGAUUGGAAAAGGGCGAUACGGAGAGGUCUGGAUGGGCAAGUGGAGAGGAGAGAGAGUGGCUGUUAAAGUCUUCUUCACCACAGAGGAAGAGAGCUGGUUCAGAGAGACUGAAAUAUAUCAGACCUUCCUGAUGAGACAUGACAAUAUACUGGGAUUCAUAGCAGCAGAUAUUAAAGGAACUGGCUCAUGGACUCAGCUCUACCUAAUCACAGAUUACCAUGAGAAUGGAUCAUUAUACGACUACCUCAAGUCCAACACCUUAGACAUCAAGGCUCUGCUGAAACUGGCCUACUCCUCCAUAUCAGGACUCUGUCACCUGCACACUGAGAUCUAUGGCACACAAGGCAAACCAGCCAUUGCACACAGAGACCUGAAGAGCAAAAACAUCUUGGUAAAAAAGAACGGAUCUUGCUGUAUAGCAGACCUUGGACUUGCUGUCAAGUUUAACAGUGACACCAAUGAGGUGGAUAUCCCUCCUAACCUACGAGUUGGUACAAAGCGCUACAUGCCGCCUGAAGUGUUGGAUGAGACCUUGAAUAGGAGCUACUUCCAGUCUUUUAUAAUGGCUGACAUGUAUAGUUUUGGCCUCAUCGUUUGGGAGAUGGCAAGACGUUGCAUCUCUGGAGGCAUUGUGGAGGAGUAUCAGCUGCCCUAUCAUGACCUCGUGCCCACUGAUCCUUCUUAUGAGGACAUGAGAGAAGUUGUCUGCAUUAAGAAACAAAGACCUUCAUUUGCUAAUCGCUGGAGCAGUGAUGAGUGUCUGCGGCAGAUGGGAAAACUGAUGUCAGAGUGCUGGGCUCACAACCCGGCCUCCCGCCUCACAGCCUUGAGGGUGAAGAAGACCCUGGCGAAGAUGUUAGAGUCCCAAGACAUCAAACUGUGACAGAGAGUCAAGAGAGAUUCUCUCAUCAGCAGAGACUUGUCACUGCCACUGGCACAGCGCCACUUACACUGGCCAAUAGAAGAAAGGGAAAAAAAAAGAGACUGUGAAUGAUAGGACAAAGGAAACGGACAGGGAGGGUGAUUGAUAGAGAUAAUGGUCGACUGGGAGCCAGACAAAUGAAAGGCAAAAAGAUUUAUUAUGUCAGGGGAGAUCUGCCCUCCCAUUUUCUGAGCCAGGUCUGCCUCAGACCAAGUGUUCAGGUUGUGCUUUCUGUGAAAGCUGAGCGGUUAUAGGUUCCAGACUGUCCAGGUAGGCAGGCGGACAGGGACCCUUGCAGGAGAGGAGGACUAAAAUCCCUCUGAUCAGUUCUAAAAGAGGAUGCUCCUGCUCUGCCCUUUUAAAGCCAUAUAGCAGUAUUCUAUGUACAGUCUUUUGUACUGUCGCAGCUGCCUUCGUGAUUCUUUUAUUUUUAUUCAGUCACCGUCAUCUUCAUACAUAGUGACUGUCAUCCAUCCAAAGAAAUGUCUAAUUUGCGCUCAGUGACCUCAUUGUCAAUGACUAUUAUUAUUAUUAUUAUUAUUACAGAAAAAUGUUGAGUAAGACUAAAUUAACUAAGAAAUAUCCAGCAGAAACAGAUAACAGAUUUUUCUAUAUAGUAUUCCUAUGUACAUUUUAUUUCAAUAUUAAAAGAUGACCUCUGGGUAAAACAUGUCAUUGAUGAAUUUGUGAAUUGUGGUUGUCCUUCAGGCCUUCAGAUCUGAGAGUGAGCUCUCCUUCUUCUGUCUCUUCUUUCUACUCACAAUUCAUUUGUACAUAGCUAAACUGAAAUCUAUUGAUAAUUAUUGCCUUGCUGGAUGUUAAAAUGUGUUUUUGAUGAUUUAUCUGUGUACAGAAUAUGUCCCAUCCACUCUACCACUAUGGCAUGUGCCUUAUUUAAUCUGUACAUAUGUGAUUACUGAGUGUAUGAGUGGAUCUGGAUAACAUUCCCCAAUUAAAACUGUGUCUUGAAGGCUUGUCUAUUUAU